AUGGAUGCCACCUCCUCCUCCACAGCGCUUUUGAAGCGGACGGCGGACGAUGUGGCAUUGAUGCCGCCUCCGCCAAUCAAGAAGAUCAAACGCCCACCAAAAGUUCUCGACGAAGACGAUUACACAGAUGCGUUAUCCGAAAUCAUUGCGAGAGAUUAUUUCCCUGGAUUGCAAGAGAGUCGAGCGCAACAGGAGUACCUCGCGGCUCUUGAUUCUGAUAACCAGAUAUGGAUUGCCGAGGCUGCACACAACUUGCGCGCAGCUAUUGACCAGAAGUCCGCCAGAACGAGGCGAGUGUCAAGAGAUGCCAGGUUCGAUAACACUGGCACUACCCCCGGGAAUACCCCACGCGCUACAGAUACGCCUCGUGGCUAUGAUGGUAGCUCUACACCGACGAGUGUGGCUGCAACUGAGAUCCCGGAGACCACGUCCAAGAAGCUAGACACAUCCAUCCACUCUAUCUCAUCAUUUCAAGCAAAGUAUACUUCCGAAGACAACGCCUCAUUCAACGAUGUUCUCGACAAACAGAAUAAGACUCGCCGUGAGAAGCACGCCCAUCACUGGACAUCCGACGGGCGCAUACCCACUGCCCGACAACUGGCGCAUCGCGCUCAGGAACAUCGUCUGCUCGCUGAGAAAUCUCAAGCAGACGCCGAUGCAGCCAAACACAACGAUCGCGCUCUCAUUCCCUUGACUUCUGGCGCCGUCGCCUCACGUCCUGCACAACCCACCGCCUGGAAAACCUCCCGCCCGGACAAUACCUUCAUGUUCCUCCCCGACUCUUUCAACGAAUCCAACCCUUCAUUGCCCACUAUACUGGAGCAAAAGGAAGCCGCCUCGAAAGCGGCCCCCAAAGAAACCGUCCACGCCAACACUCGCUUCCCAUCCUUGCAUACUCUGCACUCCGACGACGACCCCACGCCACCAGGGCGCAUCCCACCCAGUCCCAGCCUCAACACCGACAUCAUCGCCGCCCGCGGCCCCCCCGCCUCCGACACCGAAGCCGACUACACCGGUGCAGGUACCCCACGCGUGAAUGGCUGGGCGUUCGUCGACGACGAAGAACCCGAGCCCGAACCACCCACAGCCCCAACCUACCGCGACCUCCUCGCCGGCCAAGCCCCCGACAGCAGCAGGCCCAACCCCUUCAAGCUCUCCGCCGUGCAGAAGCGCGAAGCCCUGCAUCACAGACUGGUCGAGAAGACGGCGCAAGGCAAGCGCGCUAAGGAGAAGGAGACGACGGCGGCUGCGCGCGGCCUGCCCGGAACAACGCCGCGGCGAGACGGUGGUGGGAACAUGACGCCCGCGGCGCAGAAGCUGAUGAAGCGGCUGGGUCGGACACCCGUGCGUGAGAAGUCCGACGGCGGGGUGAGGCUUAGAGCGGAGGAUCUGUGGACGCCGGCGGCGAGGACGCCGAGGCGGAAGGCCGUGCGGUGA